AUGCUUUCAGGGGAGAUAGAGAGGCCCCUGGCGGCAGUAGUCAGACGCAUGCGCAGUGGUGGGUCUCCUCUGCGUGUACGGCGCGGUGCUCGUUGGCACGGUAGCCGCAUGCGCACUAGUGGCAUGACUCCAGACUCAGGCGGAGGCGGCACUAUGGCGGAGCCGGAACCCAAAAGGAAGAUCCCCCUGGUGCCGGAGAACCUGCUGAAGAAGCGGAAGGCGUAUCAGGCGCUCAAGGCCACCCAGGCAAAGCAGGCGCUGUUGGAAAAGAGAAAGCACCAGAAGGGGAAGCAGAUACAGUUCAAACGUAUUGAGAUAUUUGUUCGAGAUUCACGGCGCAAACAUAAAGAUGAGGUCCGGUUGAAGCGCAUGGAACAGAAGCCUGGCCAAAUGGUUCUACCUCAGGGCCCCAAGUUGGCCUUUGUUGUACGGAUUGCAGAGAUUAAAGGGGUGAGUCUAAGGGUGCGGAGGGUGAUACAGAUGCUGCGGUUGAGGAAGAUUUUCAGCGGCACAUUUGUUAAACUGACUCCAGCCUCAUUGAAGAUGCUGCGCACUGUGGAGCCCUAUGUAGCAUGGGGACAUCCCAAUCUGAAAUCUGUACGAGAGCUCAUCCUGAAACGAGGUCAAGCAAAGAUCAACAAGAAGAAGGUUCCUUUGACAGACAACACUCUGAUAGAGAAGCAUCUAGGGAAGUUUGAUAUUAUUUGCCUGGAAGAUCUUAUUCAUGAAAUUUAUUCAGCUGGGAAGCAUUUCCGAGAAAUCACUAACUUCUUAUGGCCGUUUCAUCUCUCUGUUGCUCGCCAUGCUGCAUGUAACAAGGUCGGUUUCGUCAAGGAGAUAGGUGAACCUGGGUACCGAGGCGAGGGAAUCAACAAGCUCAUACGUCAGCUGAACUAGUCAGGGUCCAUAUAAGGAUUUUAGGUUUGUCUCCUGCUCCAUGCUGUACGUUUGUUCUUGCAGACUGUU